AUGUCUGAAAUGGAAGUAGAUGAAAUUUCUCCUUCACAUAAAAAACGCUUUGAAAUAAAGAAGUGGUAUGCGGUUGCUCUUUGGGCCUGGGAUAUAGUUGUUGAUAAUUGUGCUAUUUGCCGAAAUCAUAUCAUGGACUUAUGCAUUGAGUGUCAGGCGAACAACGCUUCUGCUACAAGCGAAGAGUGCACGGUUGCGUGGGGAACUUGUAAUCACGCAUUCCACUUCCACUGUAUCUCCCGCUGGCUGAAAACUCGGCAAGUUUGUCCUCUAGAUAAUAGAGAUUGGGAAUUCCAAAAGUAUAAAGGACACUUAGCUUAA